AUUUCUUUUCCUGUAGUGAUAAGAGUAGUGGUGCAGUGCCCAUUAUAAAUGUGUAUAAAGUGAUUGCCACUAUCAAACAUUCUUUUUAAGCAAGCUAGAAGUCUCAUCAAUUGAUCAAACUGGGAGAGGAAGAAGAACACUGUGCUGUAGCUAUGGCUGCCACUUCAUCUUCAUCAUCUCUUCAUCUGAUACUCAUCUUCUUGUGCUUUUCUCACCUUCUGAUUCCCAUGGCUGCAGCCAUCCCACUUACAAGAAGCAGAAAUCUGCAGACUCAAGAAUAUGAAGAACCUAGUUAUACCCACAAGGGAAAGAUGAUGAUGGUGAUGAGAAGGAUGGAUGUUGAGCUGAAUGAUUAUCCUGGUUCUGGGGCUAAUCAUCGCCACACGCCAUGGGUACCACCAGCAAGAGCCUGCCUUGACUGCUAAUUAGUGGUUGUCUUAUGAUGCAUGCACAAUUAAUGUGGAUUCUAUGAUAAUCAUCCAUCCACUAGUUAGUUUCUUAUUCAUAUGUGGGUUUUAUAUUCAAUACAAUAUAUUUUCUUUUUUUGUAAUAUCAUACAUUAUGAAUGUAAAGGGGCAAAUUGGUAUAUUGGAAUAUCGUAGGUCAUUAUUAGUAAGUCCAGGUAUUCUGUAAACUCUUCGUAAUGAUGAGUUAUGUGCUCUGAGACAAAGAAUUGUGAGCAAAUAGUGUUGUUCGGUUUAUGAAAUGUUUCUUUCGUUGGUCUAGAAAGUAAUUCGGUAUUAGAGGCUAGUAAGCCAACUAGAAGCUGAUUUGCAAUAUAAUGUUGUAAAUGAAAGCAUGGUUUAUGGAAGGCAAUCCAAAGUUUGUUUCAUACAUUA